AUGAGAAAGAAACCCUCCUCCAACUUGGAAAUUUCCAAUGAGCCCAUCACAAAUUUUAAUUUGCCAACCAACGUUCGGGCAGCAUUCGGGCAGCGUUCGGGCAGCGGUGGUGGGUGGAUUGGUGGAUUGCAACGUCACAGCUCUCACGGCCAUGUGUCGGGCCACACGGGGUCGGGUGCGGCUGCCUGCGCUGGCCACGCCCAUGGACACACACACGGACAUGCCGUGGAGCAGAUCGAGCUGCUGAUCGACGAAAAGUGCCGCAUCCUAAACAAGACCGGCACGCCCAAGUCGAGCGCCCUGCACCUGGCCAACUGGAUGAAGGGACAGCUGGACAAGCAGCAGCAGCAGGCGCGACUGGCGGCCAUCGCACGCUCCCAGGAGAACAUCACCGCCGAGGACGAGCAGCUGAUCUUCAACAGCGACAGCGAACAGGACGAGCGCAUCACAUAUUGGACGCGACAGCAGCUCGAGAAGCGCACCAAGGAGCUCAACCUGGCCAAGGAGAACGGCGUGCUGUCCGCCAAGCCCAACUUCGGUGGCAAGCGGCUCAGCGGCGUCGAGGAGCUCAGCAUGAGCGCCGCCUCGGACAUCUACUCGGAGGCGGAGGCGGCUGCUCACAGCCAGAUCAGUCAGUCGCAUAGCACCACAUCGGACAGUCAGAUCACGGUACGCUCGAGCCCCAUUGUGCUGGACAAGCUGGCCGUUUGCCGACACUGCCACAAGAAUUGCCAGCAGAGCGGCGCGGGUGGCGGUGGUGCCGGUGGCGUCCAUAACUCCAGUUCCACGCCCGUGCUCCUCUGCAACUCGCUCAAGGUGCAGCACAGCCAAUCCUCACCGAAUCGAUGCUGCAAGCUGAACGGCAUGGCUGGGGGAUCGGGCACGGGCACCGGCACGGGAGCAGGCACCGGCACCGGCACCGGCACGAGCAGCGUGACCAGCAUGUCCAGCAGCACCAUCACGGGGGAGCUGUCCUCGAAGGUAGUCGCUAGCAGCAGUCGCCGGGAGACCGGCGACACGGAGAGCGACGUGGCCCAACUCAUCACCGACGAACUGUCCCUCUCCCAAUCAGAGGCCACGGACGAGAGCGUUGGGGCCAUUCCCAACAGCAGCAGCAGCGCCGGAGACGGCUCCAAACUACGAAUUUUAGAACCUCAACCAACGGCUGUGGCAUCGGUGGCAUCGGUGGCAGUGGUGACUCCACCUAUGGCCAAUGGCCAUUGCUCUGGCGGCUCACCGAAACCGUUGCCACCACCACGACGCACUCGCAUCGUGGCCCAGAUGUGCCAAGAGCCGGCCCGGCCACGGGCAAACCAGCAGGUCAAGGCCAUAGUGACGAUCACGGAGACAGCGCGGAUCAUGCGCAGCAGCGAGCGCACAGCCCACUCCGUGGGAUCGGGCGGAUCGGGCUCGGUGUCGGGCUCGCCAGCCAAAUACGCCGCCUGCCACUGCCGCUGCACACCUGAGGACUUCACGCACGCCCAACUGUCGCCGGACAAGAUGGAGCACCAGACCUGCAAGCUGCUGGAGUCGCCCAAGCAGACAGCAACCACCACAUGCACAUCCACAGCAGCCGCAGCCGCAGCUGCAGCGACAGCGGCCCAGCGGCAGGAGGAUGAGCAGCUGUCGCUGGUGCUGAUUGGACUGGCCCAGUUUGCGCCGGCGGCCAAGCUGUGUGGGCAGCAGGAACGGGCUCCAGCAUCACUCCUCCAUCCCGCCACUGGGGAUGAUAGUUCCACCCCUACGAUAGCCGUGGUGCCACCCACGCCCGAUGCCGUGCUCACCAAGACGAGCACCCAUGUGUGGGACAACAGCGGAGGAGCUGCUGGAUCGGCUGGAUCGGCUGGAGAAGGAGUGGCCACCACCAGCACGACCACCACCACAACGAAGCAGCCGCGGCAGGCGAUCAUUGAGAACAUACCCGAGGACUCGUGCGACGAGUCGCCGCUGGACGAGGAACCUCCGUACAGGCCCAUGACCAACGCCCUGAGGCGCUUUGGCACCAUGUCCAGCCUGGAGAAGCUGCCCUCCGACGAUCGCAUGGACGAGGCCGACGAGCUGGACGACGACCUAGAGCCCUACACUUCGAAUGGCCAUGACGACAGCCCCCCCAACGAUGACGAUGAUGAUGAUGAUGAUGAUGGGGAUGGGGAUGAGGAUGACGAUGAGGAUGCAGCCUCGGACAAGGCGCUGGCCCAGAACCUCAACGAUUUGGUGGGCUGCUCCAGCUCGACUGGGGCCAUGGUCAAUGGGGAUGUGCUGGCGAGUGGAGCCUGGACCAAUCGAGCUGGGGCCUUUGUCUCCGACAAGAUGUCCUUCUUCGAGGAGUCGCGUGCCUUCAUCGACAAGUACUUGGGUCGCUGGAGCGCCGAAGAUACCCAGGAGCAGCCCCAGCAGACAGCCACCUCCGAGACGGAUGAGCAGAUGGACGAGUGCACCUCGGGGGCAACCAGUGGCGAGGAGGUAUGGGGCACGCCCACCAGUGGCGGGGACAACGAAGACAACGACAUGCAGCUGAUCAACUCGGAGAACACGCACUCGUCACCCACCAAGUCGAGCACCUCGCUGAACGAUGACGAUGACACGGAGCUGAUGAUGGACGAGCUGCUGAUGGCCCCACCGAUGACGGCCAGCACCAUACGGGGACUGCUGCCACGCUUUUACAGACGUCGUCUUGAGCCCCUUUUCGAGGAGGAGACCGAGAGCGAUGAAGAGAAAACCCAGCAGGACAGCGAUGACAUCAAAAAGGUGGGGGGAAGCAACGACAAAUGGCCACUACCUAGAGGAUUCAGCUGGAAGCUCAAGCGACGAGGCAGCCCCAGUGGUGCCGCAUCGGCAGGAGGAUCCGGAGGAGGAGCAUCUGCAUCAACAGCUGGAGCGGGAGAAGGAGCCAGAACCGGAGCAGGAGCAGCAGCAGCAGCAGGAGCAUCUGGGGUAUCCACAGCAGAGAUUGCAACCGAGCCUGGGGUCACGUCCAUUGCGCACUACCAUGCUGCUGCCCACUACGGCCAUAACCACGCAGAUGGAACCGUCACCACCACCACCACCAGCACAGCGAGUGGCUGCACCGCCAGUGGUGGCCUUAUCCUGCGAGUAUCUGCUCGAUCAGCGCCCCUCUAUACGCUCGACACCCGCAUCGCACACGACGAGGUCGUCCACGAUGCCAGCUACGAUCAGCGGGCCCGGGACAGGGACCGGGCCAGGGCCAGGGCCAGGUCCAGAGAUAGGGAGCGAGAACUGCAGCACGAUGCCAUCAUCUCGGCGGCCUCAGCCUCCGGCUGCAGCAGCGACAACGGGCAGGACGAUGACGACGGCGAGUCCAGCUCACUUGUCGACUACUACAACAACCAGCAGCGGGAGCGGCACUACGAGCUGCGGAGGCAGAGCCAGCGGCAGGCCAGCGAGGUUUAUACCACCGCCGCCGCCGCCGCGUCGCUUGCUGCUCACGCAGACCAAUCUAAGCGCUGCACCACCCAAAACGGAGCCACCUCAAAGAAAAUCUGGCGCUACUGCUGACAGUGGCUGCUCGGGGGCUGUCGGCGACGCCGCCAGCGCUUCGGACCCAAUCGCUACCGGGUCAAGGACAAUGCCAGCGGCGAUUACCAGCAGCUCUGUGC